GAAGGGAGGAGGCUGCCCGAGAGCGUGCGCAGGCGCGGGUGAGCCCUGGGACUCAUGGCGGAAGCGGACCUAGUCACCGAGUUCCCCCAACCCGACGGUGCUGCGCGCUGUGCCGAGGUUAUGGCUCGUUUCGCCUCCAAGCUGCGCACGCAGGGAAAACGGGUAGUGUUAGUAACGUCCGGCGGCACCAAAGUCCCGCUGGAAGCUCGGCCAGUGCGCUUCCUGGACAACUUCAGCAGCGGGCGGCGCGGUGCAACCUCGGCCGAGGCCUUCCUGGCUGCAGGCUACGGGGUUCUCUUCCUCCACCGCGCUCGCUCUGCCUUCCCCUUUGCCCACCGCUUCCCUCCCCAAACCUGGCUGUCAGCUCUGCGGCCCUCCAGCCCAGCCACUUCGGGCUUCCUGAGACUGGAAGUCGAGGAGAAGGCACUUCCCGGCUUUGCUGCGGCUCUGCGGAGCUACCAGGAGGCUGCGGCUGCGGGCACCUUCCUGGCGGUGGAGUUCACCACUUUGGCGGACUAUUUGCAUCUGCUGCAGGCUGCGGCCCAGGCGCUCAAUCCGCUAGGCCCUUCUGCGAUGUUUUACCUGGCUGCGGCCGUGUCAGAUUUCUAUGUUCCUGUCUCUGAAAUGCCUGAACACAAGAUCCAGUCAUCUGGGGGCCCACUGCAGAUAACAAUGAAGAUGGUGCCAAAAAUGCUUUCUCCUUUGGUUAAAGACUGGGCUCCCAAAGCAUUUGUAAUUUCCUUUAAGUUGGAGACUGACCCCUCCAUUGUAAUUGAUCGUGCACGGAAUGCUUUGGAAAUUUAUCGACAUCAAGUGGUGGUGGCUAAUAUCCUUGAGUCACGACGGUCCUUUGUGGUUAUUAUAACCAAAGACUCAGAAACUAAGUUAUUGCUAUCAGAGGAAGAAAUAGAAAAAGGCAUGGAGAUAGAAGAGAAGAUAGUGGAUAAUCUUCAAUCUCGACACACAGCUUUUAUACAAGACAACAACUGAAGGAUAAAAAAAUCACAGAACCAAAAAUUGUUCAGUAGACCAGGGCUCUUACAGAUGGUGAGAACUAGAAUAAACCCUUUGCUUUCCUAAAGACAGAAAAUGAAGGGAAAAAAACAGUGAGUGGUGUGCAGGCAAAUAUUGUUUGCUAUUUGCCUUUCAAAGGUCAUUUCAUACUCAUUAAAAAUGAAAGCAAAAGCAAAGCAGUUAUGACCUACCCACCUGACACAUUUGCCUGAAUGUCAUCUUGAUAUUGAACACAAACAUGAGCUGUUUCUCACCCUUAAAAAAGAGCUUACUGGGAACUCUACUCCUUAAAAUAUAUAUGGGGCCUGAGUAUCAACCAUCUUCAUACUAUAAAAUGGAUUAUGGAUUCAUGAAGGCCAUGCUUUGAAGAUAAAUAGUUGUUAACACCUACCAUGUGGUAGGCCUUGAUAAUUAUGAGGAUUAAAAAAAUGAAUAAACAUUUUAGUUUGGGAAAUAGAUAUAUAAAAAAAUUAAGUGCAAUAAAGUGUGUGCCCAAAAGUUGUCACAAUGGAAAGAAUUUUGUUCUUUGGAGAUUUAUCAAAGAUGGGAGUAGGAGAGAAGAACACCUCCCUGAAGACAGAUUGCCUGGGGAAUGAUGAGCUCACUACUACUUUACUUUUUGCUGUCUUGUCCUAAAUUCACUCCAAGUCUGAAUGAACAAUUUACCUUUCCAAUAUUUUAGGACUGCUCUUUAGGGAAACAACCUGGGCUUCCACCACGAGCCAGGCGGGGGCCAAUUGCUAAUCUCUAUCCUGAGGGAAGCAUUAGUGUGGUAAAGAGCAUGGACUUUGGAGUUGUCUUAGGUUUGUGACAUCUCCAGCUGUACCACCUAUUAGCUCUAUCAACUUCGACACCUGACUUAAUUUCAGCUUCCUCAUCUUUAAAAUGGGGAUAAUCUCUGGAAAUCAAUGCCAUUUGUUGUAAUGAUUAAAUAAAACUGAAGAUAAAGCAUU